GGCGGGGGAACCACCGAGAGGAGAGCCCAGAGCGGCCCCGCGGCCGGGCCGGAAGUGCCGGGCGGGGGCAACGGAGCCGCCGAGGCGCGGCGGCAGAAUGACACGAUGGAGGCGGGCGGCGGCCCCCUGCUCCCGGACAGCGUCCUGUACGAGAUCUUCCUCUACCUGGACCACGUAGACGUGCUGGCGGCGGGGCUGGUCUGCCAGCAGUGGCGAGCCGUAGCCCGAGACGAAUUCCUCUGGAAGGAGCUUUUCUACCGCUACUACCGCGUGUCCCGGGAGGUGCCCCGGCACCCAGCUGCUGUCUCCUGGUAUGAGGAGUUCCAGAGGCUCUAUGACACCAUCCCCUGCGUGGAGGUGCAGGCCCUGAAGGAGCACAAUGACCAGGUUUUGCACCUCAGCUUCUCCCACUCUGGCUCUUUGUUUGCAUCGUGCUCCAAAGACUGCACAGUCAAGAUCUGGAGCAAUGAGCUGGACAUCUCCCUGCAGCACAGCUCCAACAUGAGGCCCUACAACUGGAGCUACACACAGUUCUCCCAGUUCAACUCUGAUGACUCCCUCCUCCUGGUGUCUGGGGUCUUUGUGGGGCCUCACAACUCCUCCUCAGGAGAGAUUGCUGUCAUCAGCAUGGAGAACUUCACUCUGCUCUCCAGGGUGAGGAACAAGCCCUAUGAUGUGUUUGGCUGCUGGCUGAAUGAAACCAACCUGAUAUCUGGGAAUCUGCACCGGAUCGGGAGGAUAACAUCCUGCUCUGUGCUCUGGCUCAACAAUGCUUUCCAGGGCAUAGAGUCUGAGAAUGUCAACGUUGUGAAGAGACUGUUCAAAAUCCAGAACCUGAAUGCCAGCACCAUCCGGACCGUGAUGGUGGCUGACUGCAGCCGCUAUGACUCCCCAGACCUGCUCCUGGACUACGAGGAGCAGCUGGCUGCUUCCUCCACCUGCCCAGUCUUUGAUCUUGGAAGUGACAGUGAGGAAGAGGAGGUCAGGCCCAGACAAGCUCCAGAACCAGCGGUCCAGGAGCUGCCAGCUGAGAGGGGUGUGAGGGCAGAGCCUGGGCUGCAGCAGUUGUUUGAUGACAUCAUGGAGGGUGUCAGACCUGCCAUGACUGAGACAGAGCUGGAGACAAAGGUGGCUGAGCUGUUUGUACGUAACAGAACUAAACCCCCAGAGCUCAACCUGCUCCCCACGGAGAGCAACAGCAAGACAAAGUAUUUAAUCUUCACCACAGGAUGCCUCACCUACUCCCCACACCAGAUAGGGAUUAAAAGGAUCCUGCCUCACCAGAUGACAACAGCUGGGCCCGUGCUGGGGGAGGAGAGGCGCUCGGAUGAGUUCUUUGACUCCCUUGACCACGUCAUUGACAUCCACGGGCACAUCAUUGGCAUGGGCCUGUCCCCUGACCACAGGUACCUCUAUGUGAACAGCCGUGCCUGGCCCCGGGACUGUGUCAUCUCUGACCCCAUGCAGCCACCCCCCAUUGCUGAGGAGAUCGACCUGCACGUGUUUGACCUGAAGACCAUGAAGGAGGUGAAAAGGGCCCUGAGAGCACACAGGGCCUACACCCCCAACGAGGAAUGCUUCUUCAUCUUCCUGGAUGUCAGCAGGGACUUCGUAGCGAGUGGGGCAGAGGAUCGCCAUGGCUACAUCUGGGACAGGCACUACAACAUCUGUCUGGCCAAGCUGCAGCAUGACAAUGUGGUGAACUCUGUGGCAUUCAGCCCAGUGGAGCAGGAGCUGCUCCUGACAGCCAGUGAUGAUGCCACCAUCAAGGUCUGGCGUUCCCCCCGUGCCGUGCGUGCCCAGCAGGCCAGGAAGCCCCGGCCCAGGAAACUGCUCUUCUCCUGGCUCCUGAACCAGAAGAGCUGAACCCAGGUCCACCUGCUCCUGCAGCUUCCUCACUGCAGCCACCUCCUCUAGAGCUUGCAGAGCUUUGAGCCCUGCACAACAGAGAUGAGCUCUGGGCACACAGAUCCAACCUGCUGAGUCGGGAGGAACCCUGGCAGCAGGAAUCGCUUUGUCCUUGGAGCUUCUGCUUCCAAGGCAGAAUGGAAGAGCUGAAGGCCUCUUCUGGGCCUGGCAGGCAGCAGCCCUAGCUGGUCACUGCAAGAUGGGCUCCUCACAGCUUCUCACGAACGCUGCUACUUGGUCACAGCUUGCUCUGGGUGAGCUUUGGUCACCAAAACCAGACCAAGGUGUGUCUCCAGCAUUGGUACUGUGUGAGCCAGGGACGUGGUGCCCUCACCAAGAGCUGCAGAGUGCUGGGCAGAAACCACAGCACAGUGCUGUGCUGCCUUACUGCAGGACUCUUCUGAUACAGUAGUUUUGUUAUUGUUUGUCCCAAACCUCCACAGGCAACUGGGUGUGCUGAGUGCCUCCUCCCACCCCAUGUCGUGGCUCCAAAAGGGGGGGUCAGGAAGAGGGGAGGCAGGGCUGGGGGGCCAGGCUGGCAUUUUGGGUGGCCCCAGGGAUGCAAGCAGCCUUGUUGAUGCCUUGUGUUGGCAGCUGUGUGUUGAUACCACCAGUUUCCAAAAACGAGAUGAGGAAGGGAUGGUGGUGACAUCGUGCUGGCUUUUUGUCUGUGUGGCAGCACUGGGGUGAGGUGUGGCAGGGGCAGGGAUGUCCUGGAGGGGAUCUGCUGCCCUUUCCCAAGGGGCAGCUGUGAGGAUGAGUGUUGGGAUCAGGGUCCCCUCCCUCUCAUACUGCUCCAGCUGUGGCACUUUAGGUUCUCUUGGUACGUUCUCCCUGAGGGGGUGCAGGUGCCCGUGGGUGGCUGUGGUUGUCACCCCUGGGUGUCAGGGAUGCUGCCCUCCUCUGCCUGAAGGGACAGUGAAUAAGCUUCCUCCCACCUGGAUCACCUUGCCAGGGGUUGGGUGAUCCCCCACUGGGGAGCUGCCUCACUUGAAGUGAUUUAUUCUGUCCCUAAAGCUUUUUUCUCUCCAGCAAGUACCCAGAAUUGACUUGGCCAGGAGGACUGGGGCUGGUGCUGAGCCCAGGAGCCGUGGUCACUGCUGGGAGCUGGGCUCUCACUCUUGGCUCGGGGGUCAAGCAGGGGCUGGAGGAGGCAUUGGGGGCUCUGCCAGGAGCAGCAGGGACAGUUGUCUGUGCCACUCAUUGCCUCAGGUUGCAAAUAAACCCAACAGGGUUGGCAGAUCCUGUCCUGACAUGCACUGAUGGCUUUAGCAGCCCGGGGCAGGGGGGUUUGUACCCUGCUGUGUUCCAGCAGGUGCCUGUGGCUUUGUCCAAAACCCCUGUACUCAGGUUUUCUGUCACAGGACUGCCAGAAAGAGGGGAGUCCCUGUGUGCACAGGCUCUGCAUCCAGCUCUGUCCAGUCCCACAGCAGAGGAAGAGCCUCUGCCUUCCUCCUCCUACCCUAAGAUUGUGACCUCCCCCGUGGCUGGGGCAGUAGUGAGCAAGGCACUGAGGGUUUUAUGUUUGUACUGAGUUUUGCUCUUCACUACAGCAUUGAAUAAACAUCCUGCUCAAUCAGCUCUGCAA